AUGUUUACACAAUUAUUAUUUGAUUCAAAAGAUGUUGAAAAUUUACUUGUCAAAAUUUGUGAUGAUGAUGGAUUUGCACCAGAAGAAAUUAUUCAAAUUGUCGAAUGUUUUGUUGAUGCAAUGAAUUUAAAAUCCAAAAUUUAUGGUGAUGAUGAUGAUUGUCGAAAAGAAUACCAGUAUAAAAUUGGUGAUUUGCUUGUUAGUAAAAUAAAUGACUGGUUUUUAAAAAUUGAUAAUAAAUAUUUUAGAAGUUUAAUAUCAUUGAUAUCAAAAAUCAUUGAAACUUGUGAUACAAUCAGUGUAAUAGAUAAACUUUGGAAUAUAAUUUUAAACAAUAAUAGCAUUGAAGAAUCUUUAACACUAUUUUGUGCAUUAACUGAUGAUUUUUUUACUCAAAAAUCAUCUAAAGUUAUUGAUAUAAAUAUUAGCAAUAUUAAUGAUGAAAGAUAUUGGAGUAUAAUUAAAUUUGGACUGACAUCAAACGUUCAACAACAACGUAAACAAGCUCAACACAUUAUGAAAACAACAAUUGAAUUUAUCAACAACAACAAAACAUAUUUAAAUGAUUUAACAACAUUGAUAAUUCCAUUUAUAAAUCAAUCAGACAAAUCAAUAUCACUGGAAUUAUCAACAGACUUUUUUUUACUUCUUGAAAGUCUAGAAGAAAAACAAUCUCAUCUGGUACUACCAGCAUUUUCUCGUCUUGAAUCAUUGAUAUCAUCAAGUCAUUUAUUUAAUUCUAUCUGGCUUAAAAUUAUUUUUCAACGUAUAUUUCAUCAUGACACAACUAUUGUUGUUAAAUCUGGUCUUCUAAUAAUGCUAAAUAUUGAUCCAAUAAUUUUUAACAAUGAAUUUAUUGAACUUUUAGUUACAGUACUUAACAGCACAUUUUUAUAUGAUGAACAAAGCUUCAAUCCACAAUCAGAGAUAACUCAAAAAUUGACAAAUAUAUUUAUAAAAGCUGAACAUAGUAAAAUUAAUUUUAUCAAUGAUUUUAUAAUUUAUUUAUCAAAGAUACAAUUUUUAGCACCUGUACCAUUGUUUUGGAUCAUUGAAGGACUACGUGGUUUAAAGGAUACUCCAAUAAAUACAAAUUACUGGUCACAGCGAGAAUUACAAGCCUUGACAAUAAUUUUUAACAACGGUAUAUUAAAACAAACAAAAGAAAUUCGUGAAUUAACAAUGUCAUCAUUGUCGAAAUGUUUUUUAAUAUUUACCAAACAAACAAUUGAUUUAAAAAUUUUAUCAGAAACAUUUUUAUUAAAUGAUUAUUAUUUUUUAACUGAUAAAAACAAUGAUGAUUUUUUAGAAUAUAUUAGAAAUAAUAUAACGCAAGAUGAUGCUGUUGAUUAUGUGAAAAAUAAUUGUGAAAAUAUCAUUGAAAAUAAUGACAAAUUGAGCAUUGAAUUAUUUGGAAAAAUGAUUUAUUUAUUAUUAAAAUGUCAUAAAAUAUUAACAACAAAAACGUGUCCAACUAAAAAUAUAUUAAAUAAUUUAUUUAAAGAGUUAAUUGACAUUGACACAAGAUCAUAUGCAAAUAUUAAUUACUGCGAAAAUUCAUUAAAUUUACUUGGCUAUUUAAAUACAAAAAAUUUAUUUGGUAAUAAUGCUUAUGUUGAUGGAGCUCUAAAAUUUAUAAUAAAAACUUUGGAUAAUUCAAUUUGUCCAAAAAAUCAUAGUGAUGUUUUUGUUAAUGUAAAAAAUAUUGAAAAAUUGUUUGAUAAUAAUUUAUUCAAUGAUUUAUUUGUUGGUAUUGAAAAAUUAUUUUUAAAAUCAAUUGAUGUAAUUAAUGGACAUGAUGUUGAAAAUGUGAAAUUCUGGUAUGCUGUUUGUGUUUUGUUUGAAUGUGGUAAGUCAAUUGAUGUUAAAAAAAAAUAUUUUAAUGAUUUUUAUUGUGAUUUUUUGUUAAAUUUAUGUCAAAAGUCAUUAAUUACAAAUAAAAUGAGUAAAGAUGAUGCUCGUUUUAUAUCAGAGUAUCAUGGAAUAAUAGCUAAAUUGAUUGAGCAAUUAUUUAAUUAUUUUACAAUUAAAGAUGAAGAAAAAAUUAAUGAUUAUCUUGGAUCAUUAAUGAAUCUCAUUGAGACUGGAAGUGAUCAUGUUAUUCCAUCAAUUCCAAAAAUAUUACUGGUAUUAAUGCAACAAGAUAAUUCGAUAAACAAUGAUGAUAAUUAUGAUAUUAUAAAAUCAAUUGUUGAAUUGACCUGGAAGCGUACAUUAAACAUGAAAAGAACAAAAUUAUUUUGGCUGUCAAUUGAAGAAAUCAUUGGCUUAAUAACAAAUGAUAAAUUUCCAGAAACAGAUGCAUCUUGUUAUGUCAAUGAGCUGCUAGAAGCAAGUGAAAAUAUACCAAAAUUACGUUUAAUAUUAUUAAAGUCAAUUAAAAAAUUAAAACCAUCAUCAAAAUAUAAAUUUAGUGAUUCAAUAUUAACAUGUUAUCUUCAUACAAAUAUUGGAAAAAUUGAAAAGAGAAUUGAAAGACAAAUAUUUAGAUAUGCAUGCAAUUAUUUUACAAGUAUAUCACCACCACCAGAAAUGCUAGUUCAUUAUCAUGCAAUUGAAGAAAUAUUAUCAAUGUCAUCAUGGAAUCCAGAUGCUGUCAAUUUAUCAUAUAUUCCAGUGUUAUUAUUGCAUCUUGUUAAACGUAAAAAUAAAGGAUACUAUGCUAAUUCAAAUACUCAUAUAUUAAACAAUAGAAUAAUGCAAAUUUUGUUGAUUUUACAACCAACACUUGAUGAUGACAGUACAUUGACUGUACAUGAAGCAAUAUGUGAUCAUUUACUUGAAGAAAGUAAUCAACCAAGUGUACGUGUUAUGCAAGAAUGGUUAAUCAUUAAAAUUCAUUUGAUAAAACCAAAGUUACGUGAACAAUUUUGGAAUUUAUUUGCCAAAGGUAGAGACAAUAGACCAGCAAGUAUCACAUCACUUGCUUCAAUUAUUUAUCAUGUUUUAAAAAAUUUACCAAGUCAUGAAAAAAAUGGAUACUUUGAAAAGGCUAUUGAUUUUAUUUUACCAAAUUGUAUGACACAACAAUUUGUCGUUAGAUUAUAUUGUCAGGUUGUAUUAUCAAAAUUAUGUCAAAUAGCAAAUGAAGAAAAAUGGAUAUUAAAUUUUGAAUGCAAUGCUAUUAAAAAUUCACUAGAAAUAAGUUUACGUCAAGGAAAUUUGAUGAAAAAUUCAUUAAAAUUACUUGAUGAUUUUUAUUUUACAACUUUUGAUCCAAUUGAAGAUUAUGAUUUUCAGACAAUAUUUUAUGAUAUUCCUAGAUUACUUAAUGUUUCUCUGGAUGAAUGUAUCAACGAGACGAUUGUGAGCUAUUGUUCAUGGAAUGAAAAAAUAUCAUUGCCCUAUUCGAGACGUAAUUAUUUGAGUUCAAUAUGUACUCCAUCACAAUGGCAAGAAAAAGAUAAUAAUAAAACAAAUGAUGGACAUUAUACAUCAACAGUAUCAAACAAUGAUAUACAAAAAAAAAUAACACCAACAAAAUCCGUUGAUUUUAUUGAUGACAUGCAAAUAAUAACACCAACAUAUAAACAAAAAAUUAUUGACAAUGACAUGGGAAUGAUUGUCGUUGCAAGUUUAAUUGACAGUUAUCAAAAUUUAGGUGGUUUAUCAAGAACAUGUGAAAUUUUUUGUGCAAGACAAUUAAUAUUAUCAAGUGCAAAAAAUAUUGAAAAUAAAGAAUUUCAAUGUUUAAGUGUAUCAUCAGAAAAAUGGGUAAAUAUUGUUGAAAUUAAAACACAUGAAUUACGUGAUUAUUUAAUGGAAAAAAAAUUAAAUGGAUGGAGUUUAAUUGGUGCUGAACAAACAGCAAAUAGUGUUAGUCUUAAAAAUAUUUCAUUUCCUAAAAAAACAAUUUUAUUAUUGGGAAAUGAAAAAAAUGGUAUACCAGCAAAUUUAAUACCAUUGUUGGAUAUGUGUGUUGAAAUUCCACAAGCUGGUGUUGUUAGAUCUUUAAAUGUUCAUGUCACUGGUGCAAUUUGUCUUUGGGAUUAUGCUAAACAACAUAUUUUUGUCAAAGAUUAUUAAUUAUUUUGUGUAUUUUUAAUAUCUAUAAUAAUCAUACCAUUUUUUUUUAAAUGUAAAUUUG